ACUAAGUUAACCCAAGUUUCCCGUGCAAUCCGUCUAAGAGUCAAUGAAAAUCGAUCAAGUUUCUUCCAUGCAGAGAAUGCAAGACUGACAGAUCUUGGAGCUAUUCGAGAGGAUACGCCAAAUUGUGAAACGCUCCUUCAAACGAAGAGUCUCUUGUUGAGAUUUCUAGCUAUAUCACGCUCAACUCACUUCAGCUCACGACAAACAUUAUUGGACUGUUAGGUCCGAGCCAAUCUCAGAUCGAGCACUCACGUCACACAGGGGUUCUCUUAUUCUUUCAUUGUCAGUCUUUUCCUGACUCUCACCCAUCAUGUCUAUUCGAAUAGCGCUGGACAACCAGCCUGAGUUCUAUACCAACCUCGACUUGGUACAAGGCCGAAUCAUCCUGGGUCUCAACCGCGCCGAGCAGAUUGGAAGCAUUGUUGUCAAGCUCGAGGGGGAAUCGGGAACAGCUCUACAGGCUCCGAAUGCCUUUGAUCCACAGAACAUGGCCAGGCUACAACCUAGCCCUCAACGGCCUCCUGGCAGCACCGCAGCUGAGAACCACAAAAUCUUAUACAAACUACAACAGGUUUUUCCAGAUGACUACUAUGCGAGCUCCUCUAACCCUUACGGUGCAUACCCCCUGCAAGCAGGCGAGCACGAGUUUCCUUUCAAGUUCAAGCUUCCCAUCAAUAAUGCAUGCAGCGACCCAAUGGCUAUGUCGAAAAUCGGCGGCAUGGCUAACGCCGGUGGUUUUGGGGGUGGAGGAAUGUUUGGUAUUGGUGGUGUAAGGGUCAUGGAUGGUAGCAAGCAACUCUACCUUCGCCAUGUCACCCGCACACUACCUCCAUCAUUAACAGGAUAUCCUAUGGAGGCGGAAAUUCGCUACUACAUCAAGGUUACAAUCCAGAGACCGGGAUUGCUGAAAGAAAAUUGGCGGUAUCAGAUCGGUCUGAAGUUCCUCCCUAUUGAACCGCCCCGGCCGAAGCCGACAACCCAGGAGGCUUUUGCUCGUCGUCCCUUCACAUUUCGGCCAAUGACCCCCCAGCCAGAGAAGAAGCGGUCCUCUCUCUUCAACUUUGGAAGCGGCACAGAUUCAAAAUCGGCCUCUACACCAGAGCCAUCUGCAGAUAUUGCCCCAGCUCCAGCUCCAGCAAUUGAGAUUUCAGCACGCCUUCCCCAUCCAAGCGUCUUGACUUGUAACAAGCCUGUUCCACUACGGCUUAUCGCCAAAAAGCUCAACAACAAUCCAGAACAAGUCUAUCUAGUAUCGUUUCAGAUGGAGCUUAUUGGCCGUACUGAUGUCCGCGCGCUCGAGCUCCAAAACCAGAAGAUCAACCGAUGGGUUGUCGUGUCAAACCCCAACAUCAACAUCCCGCUGACCACAGGGCCUGAUGACGAAGUUGGGAAGGAGUUGGUGAUUCCAGACCAUGUAUGGAGGAACUUGCCUCUUCCCAACACUGUGGCACCCUCAUUCGUCACUUGUAAUCUUUCUAGGAGGUACGAGCUCGAGUUGAAGCUUGGUCUAGCCUGGGGCAAGCCAAAGAAGGGCAUCACCAACAAGAGCCCACCGGUCAUCCUCCUACCGCUACAUUUUGCGCAAGUCGAAGUUUAUUCUGGUAUCACACCGCCUCCUGAACUCGUUGAAUCCGCAAGAUCGACGCGGCCAGGACGUGCAACCUUCACGAAUAACGUCCCGCCCCGUCUACCACCCAGACAAAACUCGGUUUCCUCAGCCCCAGUGUCAGCUCAACAGCAACGACCUUCUCAAACUCCCAACCAGGUCCCUCCCCAGCCAGCUCAUGACCCCCUCUAUCCACCACAACUAGCUCCGGGUCAAGAGGCACCUCCAUAUGACGAUGCUCCGCCCAGCUAUGACGAAGCCAUCGCGGAGAACCUGGCUGGCCCCUUCGACGGCAUGCAGGCCCGGCCAGCCUACAGCGGUGUCACGAACGAAAAUGCGCCGAGCCAGUUACCUCCUGAGAAGAGUUGAAGUGAUCCAAAGCAUGACUUGUCUGGAUAAAUGCUUUAAUGUGCUGAUGAUAACGAUAAUGCCGGGUGUGGAGGAUUUUGAUAGGACUGAGAAAAGGAGUGAGGGGUUCAUUCAGAUCCUGGCUCGAUCAUGGUGCCAUUAAUUCUUCACUUGGUUGGAAUCACGAUGGGUUGUUGAGUUCUCACUUCCAUGUUACCUUACAUGUGCUGUUUUAAGAGGAGUUAUUGGUUAAGUACUGGCACAUAUACAUCCCAGACCCAGGCUUGGAUGUAACUCCAGUAUCACCUUAUUGUCAUACAUAGUUUGAGGUUGUCUUGGAUCUAGAAUCCCAUUGUUAGUAAUAGAGUCACAAAUACCGAAUACCUACCUACUUCAGAA